AUUAAAAUAAAAAGAUGACGGAACAUUAGCCAGCAAUUAAUUUGUUGGCCACACUGACAAAUGUCAUUGUCAAAAAUAAAAAUAUUCAUAACCUAAAAUAUUUUGAACGAAAGUGCUUUUUUUAUAUUGUAUUUCUUAAGCGAUGAUUUAAGAUGAGUGCAGCAUUAGUUAGAAAAGGUUUACAAAUUGUUGAUCCCCAAUGUGAUAAUAAAAUCGCUAAGAAGAAAAAGAAGUCCGACGUUUUUCAAUUAGCUCCCCAAAACCAAAAGUUAUUUACUAAGGGGUAUAAGAAGGAAGGAAAAGAAAUCAAAGUUAAUUUGUUAUCUGCUGAGAAGAAACUUUCAGUUACUGAAGCCAGGAAGAUACAUAAAUCAAAAGAACAAAUAUUAAAAGAAAAUCUAAAGAAAUUGGAGCUAAUAAGGAAUGCUGGUAAAGUUGAUUUAGAUGAAAAACUUGUAAAAAAGAUAAUUGACAGAGCGGUAAGCAGAAGACCUGUAAAGGCAAGUGAAAACCGUAAAGAACAGAAGACUGCAUUUACUGAAGAAGAUUUUAAGAAGUUUGAAGCAGAAUAUUUUGAUGAAUAAUGGCAAUAUCUGAUCAUACUCAAGGGAU